GGCAGUUCUACAACAGAAAUUAAUUCAAUCGCCGGGAAUUUCUGGAACAAUGAAGUUGUUUUUAUCCGUGUGCGUGGUGGCCCUGGUGGCCGGAAUUGCCGUUGCCGAUGACAGCAAAGGGCCCAAAGUGACUGAGAAGGUUUUCUUUGACAUCACCAUUGACGGCAAGCCCACAGGUCGCAUCGAAAUCGGCUUGUUCGGCAAGACCGUUCCGAAAACGGUGAAGAUCUUCCGGGAGCAGGCGCUGAAGCCCGCGGGCGAAGGCUACAAGGGCAGCAUGUUCCACUUCAUUAGAAAGGGCUUAAUGAUUAAGGGUGGUGGAUACGGCACUGAAAGACCCCCACUCAACGUGUACGAUGAUGACUACGAUGAUGAAAAUGAGAACACCAAGCUGAGGGAAUACGACGCCGGCUGGCUGUUCAUGGACAACGAUGGUAAGUUCUUCAUCAACACCAAGGAGAUCAGCUUGGUAGGCGAACGCCCAGUCUUCUUCGGCAAGAUCCUGUCGGGCAUGAAUGUGGUGCGCCAGAUCGAGAACUUGCCCACCUAUGCCUCCGGUCUUCCCAUCAAGGAUGUGGUCAUCGCCAACAGCGGCAGCAUCCCCGUCCCGGAGGCCAAGGCCGAUGCCACCGAUUAAACUGGUUUGAAGGCAGCCUCUAUGUACGGAUCCUUAUCAUCUUAUUUAAGUAUAAAAGCAUAUUCGAUUUUUCCAGACAUUUGCAUUUACCAUUUGCAUUCGCCAUGUUUAUUUACAUUCUGUUCCGUAAGCAAGUAGCUCUGCUCAACUAAAAAAGAUAUGGCAUAAAUAAAGAACAUUGUUUGUGAUAGAGGA